AUGCUGGUGUAUGAGUGCUUGAGAAAUGGCACUUUAGCUAGCUUCCUUUUUGGGGAUUUCAAACCUAGCUGGACCCAAAGGACUAAUAUUGCCGUCGAGGUUGCGAGAGGACUAAUCUUCUUGCAUGAAGAAUGCAGCAGCCAGAUUAUUCAUUGCGAUAUAAAGCCGCAAAAUAUACUUCUUGAUGAGAAUUACGGUGCUCGCAUCUCGGACUUUGGAUUGGCAAAGCUUUUGUUGAUGAAUCAAAGCCAGACCAAAACUAAACUUAGAGGUACCAAAAGGUAUGUUGCACCUGAGUGGUUUAGGACCUCGCCAGUCACUGUGAAGGUUGAUGUCUAUAGUUUUGGUGUCGUGCUGCUAGAGAUCAUUUGCUGUCAAAGAAAUGUGGAUAUGGAGGCUCGAGGAGAGAGGGGUAUUCUAACUGAUUGGGCCUAUGACUGCUAUCAGCAAGGCAGACUGGAUCUUCUAGUUGAAGAUGAUCGAGAAGCCCUCAAUGGCAUGAAGAAGCUGGACAGGUUUGUGAUGGUUGCCAUUGGGUGCCUUCAAGAAAACCCCUCUCUGAGACCCACUAUGAAGAAGGUGAUGCUUAUGCUUGAAGGAAUCGUUCAAGUUCCUGUUCCCCCAAGUCCAUGCCCAUUUUCUUCCAUCAGCUAA